UUAUUAAAGAGAGUGUUGGACAGUAAUAAAAGAGUCCAGGAGGCUGCGUGCUCGGCGUUCGCUACCCUAGAGGAAGAGGCCUGUACCGAACUAGUACCAUAUCUAUCUUUUAUCUUAGAGACCCUGGUCUACGCUUUCGGCAAAUAUCAGCAUAAGAAUCUAUUAAUAUUGUACGAUGCUAUCGGAACUUUGGCGGAUUCAGUUGGACACCAUUUAAAUAAAGAGGUAAGAAAAUUCAUUAUAUUUGGGGAAUUUUGUACUUAUAAAGGCAUGGAUGCUAAAUUUUUGAAAGGUGCUCUAUUCACAUAUACAACAGGCAGGCCAGGGAGCUCAAUAGCGGUUUUAACUAUUGAGUUAAUACACCAUGGUUGGAUACCAUUCCUGUUUAGUGUUUCGAGUAUUGUAGCUCGUCUUCAGCUACGGACAACAUGGUUAGAUAUGGUGUGCAACCUAGGUUUUUGGAGGUGUAUACAAAUAGAGCUUCAUUAUAUGAGAAUAAAGUGCUUAUGGUGUGGCAUGGAAGCUCCUCGUUUUAGAAAGGGUAAAUCGUCUGGUAAUUUACCUACCCACUAUAGCACUGCCACAAUAGGAGUGUUCUAG